GGCUCAGCUGUACGUUAAUCUUCACAUGCAAUGAAUGAUUCAUGCAAGAAGUCAACCAUGAAAGAAUCGCUAAACCUUAUCUGCCCGCUUGCCCCUCCUUCACUUGGCCACCAGGUCGGCCUUCAGCCAAUACUCCUCCCUCUGAUUCAGCUCACACGACCCAUCGGUCAUGGUGUAGAGUGCCUUGAGGCCUUCAAAGCACUCCCACGCCAGUGACCUGAGGUCCCUAAGCGCAUCAGUCUGAUCCUCCCCCUCCAACCCAAUCUCUGCCAGCUGUGCAUCAAACUCAACCCUGACUGGGCGGCAUAUCGACAAGAACUGCACAAACGACCGCACCGCUUCCUUGCUAAGCUCACCCAAAUACCAUAGCUCCCCCCGCGAGAUGCGCGGCAAGCGCAGACGCCACACCGCCGGCUCGUUCUCGGGCCAUUCAUUCGACGCAGGAGGCCGCUCAAAAGAGACGUCCUCCAGGCGCGUCACAGAGACAUACGACAGCAGCUCACAAGCCAGAGCUAGGCUAGACAAAGAGCGGAACCAGACAAGCACCAGACCCUCCAGCCCGCCCACGAGACGACUCAGCUUAGAGGGUGCAGAAGGUAGGUCAGAAAAAGGGAGAGUCGGAAAAUACACAUACAGCUCCUGGGCCGCUGGGAAGCGGCGACUCACCGCCCCCUCCCCAUCACCGACCAGCCACUCCGGGAUGCUGUCCACCACGGCCGAGGCACUCGCGCCCUCCUUGGCCUGGAUGACGAGGGUCUCGGCCUUGGGGAAGACGAGCUUGUCACGCCAGGUCUGGUGGAGUGACUGGGUCCCACCCAGCUUGACCGUGACCUUCACACACACACACACACACACACUCACACACAACACGUGUUCCUCUGUCCGGUUCUCUCUCCCUCCCUUGUUUGCCCGCUCCUCACAGAAGAGGUCUUGGCUAUCAGCUGUCGUGCGAUCUCGCCAUAGAGGCCGCCGGGCGCAGGCAGGGCAUUCGCAGCGUCACUGCUGUAGUCGAGCGCCAGCCCGCCCCAAUCUGUCUGCCACUCGAGCGCACAGUUGACGUCCUCCGUCACCCAUCUAUCGAACGCCUCGACGCCGUCCGCCCCCUGUCCGUACGCCACACCGAUCGACGCACCACGUACCGCGAACCCCAGCCUCCUCGGCACAUCUGACACACAAGAGGGGCAGAAAUGGCCCAAAAGCCGGUCCUGGUCCGAUAGAGCUUUCGGCCAAAUCACCUCUGUUCUCUGGUUUGCUCCAGUGCUGGUCGAGGGCCUGCUUGAGGUCAUUGAGGCGGCCGAACUGGUCCAUCUUGAUCGUCAUGCAGGUUAUAGUGGUGAUGUGGGGGCAGUUGCUGACGGCGGAGACGAAUCUGGCCCAGAGGUCGCUGUCAAAUUCGAUGGGGCCGGUCUCCAGCCUUUCGAUCCUGGGCGCCCCCUCAAGGAUGGACACGAGGGAUGUCGACGACACAUGAUCCGCAAGGCAGAUCCGUGCUUGGAGACUGGUGAGAACUGGGAAUGCCCACCGUCGGAUGCUGCGGACACAAGCACACCGAGAUACACCAAUACGAUAACGUGAUGGAUAGCUGUCGUGUGCACUCACACAGACCUGACGUAUUGGAGCCACGGCUUGGAAGGCACGCACGUCGCUAUCCGGUCGGCCGAGGAAAGAUCACGUGUGCAGCUCCUUGAGUGUCGCCCUGGACCCCUCGAGGCACUCGGCCACACAAAGCACCACGCGCGGAACAUCCAGGUAGGCCGUCUGAAUGUUACCCUACACACGCAUAUGUAGGCAGAGAUGGACACCUAACCGACACAUGCAUCUCACGCAGCACCUUGACUGACUCCCAUCUCACCAGGUGCUGUAAGUGCUCCAGCCUCUGUAUCUUCUUGUAGCUGUCGACCUCGUCUCUCGUUAUAGUGAGCCGCCGGAACACGCCGAAUGUGCUGUCGGUGGCCUUCUGUCUGGUCUCCCUGUUGAUCUUGGGCAUCCGGGCUGCCGUCUUGGUGCUGACGAAGGAGCCCAGGUGACCCGUGACGCCCUCAGGCAGACCCGGCAGACACGGACGGCCAUAGCCCUGACACACACAAGGGACAGAUGAUGAUAAGGCACUCACGGCAACAGACAGAGAUGGUGAUCUGGGCCACCUGAGAGCUGCCCCUUUGCUGUUGUAUCCCUCCCGCAGCACCACCAACACUACUCGAACCACCUGAAGGCACCAUACACCACAAGGCAGCACAGCCGUCGUCGCGAUGUGUGUCAGUCCAUCGGGCGGUGUCAUGUGUACCUCCUCUACUCGCGGCGGCAGCAGCAGCAGCAGCCGGGCUAGUGCCGACACGCGAGCGCUUCCCGUCGCCAGUUGACACCUCAGCACACGAGCUGGUCCACUUGUGGAUGCACUGAGUAAGUGUGUGUGUUCCCACUGACCGCUUUGGUGUGCUGUGCCGCCCUGUCGUUCUCAUCCGAACUCUCAGACACACCGGGGGGGCGGUCCUUGACAUUGUACAGCCACCGGAAGCCCUUGCCGUCACCAUCCUUGCGCUGACAUCCACACAAAUGCGCAGACACACAAGGACGUGACUGCUUUGUUUGCGCGGUCUAUUGGUCGUUUAAUCCUUACAUGCGUUUCUUGUUCGCUGGGGAUCUGCGUCAGCUCGCUACUGAGUGUGGCGUUGGCGUCGGUGAGGGUCUUGAGCACACCGGACAAUCGGCCAGCCAGCGAUGCACAGGCCUGCAAACAGACAUACGGACACAAACGGACACAGAUCGGCGCUGGUCGACGGUUGCUGAAUGUGUGUUUGUGCUGACCUCUUUGUUUUCGUCGGUCUGUGGUAUCUUCAGCUUUGCCGCCUCACUACUCGCGGCCAUCUGACAGCUCACCUGAACAAGGCAGCAGAGCCACCAGCAGCUGCGGCAUGUGCUGGCGGUUUCCCCCCUUUGCCCUUUUCGCUCACCGCAUAGAUUUGGUCGAUGACAUCGCGCAAGCUACCAUCGCCACUCGACCCGCCACCACGCCCACCUAAAACACAUCAUCAGACACACAUGCGGGUCGCGUCCAUAUGUGGUUUGAUGCGUCAUCACCUCCAGCUGGGCCGCUAUUACUGCUGUCCAUCGGGAGGACGCGGUCAACCAUCUGCACAACGGAUCGCAAGGGAACUCUUCGAGCCCGAGGGGGUGCAGAUCGUCACGGGCAAGAGGUUCCUGGGCGGCUACGUGGGCG